UGUUCGACUGUAGAGUGCAGUGGGUUCUUACGAUUUUGUUAUUUAAUAAUUGUGAAAUGUGCAAUUUAAUCAAUUAAAACCGGGAAAAUGCAAGCGUUGAGAAGUAGGCGGCCUUGGAGAGGGGCGUACUGGAGUAGUUGGAGGCGACUGCUCACCCAAAGCUGCACGGGAAGUGAGAAUCCCGAGCUAACCAAUGAUGUCAAGCACCGGAUUGAAUCCCACUGGCGGGAGCAACUCAGUGGAGGUCAGUUCAACCCCAAGGAGCCGGUGGACAAGUACUACGUGCUCUCCAUGUUCCCCUAUCCCUCGGGCAACCUGCACAUGGGCCAUGUGCGCGUCUACACCAUUGCGGAUGCAGUGGCUCGAUUCCAGCGGAUGUGCGGCAAGAAUGUCUUCCAACCGAUGGGCUGGGAUUCAUUUGGUCUGCCCGCCGAGAAUGCCGCCAAUCAGCGGGGCGUGGAGCCCGCCUCCUGGACGGAACAGAACAUUGCCCAGAUGAAGGAACAGCUGAAGCGACUGGGAUGCUCUUUUGAUUGGAACCACGAGCUGUCCACCUGCAGUCCGCAGUACUACCGAUGGACGCAGCACCUCUUCCUCCAACUGCAUCGUCAUGGAUUGGCCUACCAAAAUGAAGCCUUGGUUAACUGGGAUCCGGUGGACAAAACGGUGCUCGCGGAUGAGCAGGUGGACUCGCAGGGCUGCUCCUGGCGUUCAGGUGCCAAGGUGGAGAAGAAACUGCUCCGCCAGUGGUUCAUCCGGACGAGUGCGUAUGCCAAACAGCUGCUGGACGGCCUGGAGGAUCCCACGCUGCGGGAUUGGAGGGAUAUCAUCAACCUGCAGCGCCACUGGAUAGGAGAAUGCAAUGGCUACGCUUUUAAUCUGCUUACAUCCGCAUCUGGUUUGCUGCGGGUGUGGACUGCUCAUCCGGAGCACUUGAAGGAUCCACAUGCCUUUCUCGUCCUUCGCAACAGUCAUCAUUUAUCGAAGCUGGAGGAUUCCAGGAGUCUCAGUGCCGAGAAUCCUUUUUCAGGAACCACAAUGCCCGUGCUUUUUGGCGACGAAGUGACUUUCCCCCCGAAAUGCGAUGUUUACCUGGCGGCGCCGAGUUUCCGCAGCGAAGACAAGGAGCUGUGGGACUCCUACGGCCUGGCUUUCACCUCAACCGGCAAGGAGGAGGUCGCCUUAAGUCCAGCCAACUGGGAACUGUUACGGAAAGAGGUGCUCCAGGCAGCCACGCGCCUCAAUGUGGGCGGCUAUCGGGUUUCCUCGAAGCUGCAGGAUUGGUUGAUCUCACGCCAGCGCUACUGGGGCACUCCCAUACCCAUUGUUCACUGUUCCAAGUGCGGAGCAGUGCCAGUGCCGGAGGAGCAGCUGCCAGUGUCGCUGCCGCCGAAGAAUUCGCCCAAGGAAGCCUUCCUCUGCGAGUGCCCCAAAUGCGGGGAAAAAGACGCUCGUAGAGAGACGGAUACAAUGGACACAUUUGUGGACAGCUCCUGGUACUAUUUGCGCUACCUGGAUGCCCAGAACUCCGAGCGCAUCUUUGAUCCCGCGCUGGCCAAGAACUUUAUGCCCGUGGAUUUGUAUAUUGGAGGCAAGGAGCACGCUGUCCUGCAUCUCUACUACGCCCGCUUCAUGAACCACUUCCUGCACAGCUGCGGUCUCUCGCCCACCAGCGAACCCUUCUCCCGCCUGCUCGUCCAGGGAAUGGUCAUGGGUCGCUCCUUUCGGGUGAAGGGCAGCGGUCGCUAUGUGCCUGAAAAGGAGGUAGAGAUUGUGAACGCCAAAAAGAACCAGGCGGUGCUGAAGGAAACCAAAGAACCGGUGGUCAUGACCUGGGAAAAGAUGUCCAAGUCGAAGUUAAAUGGCGUGGAACCGAGUGAUAUGUUCAAUGAGUACGGAACGGACACAACGAGACUGAUCAUCCUGGCCGAUGUGGCGCCCACUUCGCAUCGCAAUUGGUCCAGUGCAACAUUUCCCGGCAUCCUCAACUGGCAGAAGCGUCUUUGGUUGACCCUGCAGGAUUUCCAGGAGGCUCGCGAAGAUCAAACUCCUUCGGAAAUUGUCCCCACCAGCGAAGAGUUCCUGGCUGAGGAUGCCAAGCUGUUUGAUGCCCGAAACUUUUAUGUAAAAGGAGCCACCUUCAACUACCGCCAUGCCCAUCAACUUAGUGUGGCUAUCUCUAAAAUGCAGGGCUUAACGAAUUCCCUGAGGCGCACACCAAAGCAUGUUUUGCGACAUGGCAAGCAAUUUGAACGGGCUCUGGCCGCCCAGAUCAUCAUGCUGGCACCCAUGGCUCCUCACUUUGCCUCCGAGUUGUGGUCCAAAUUCGUGGCCAUUCCCGGCAGACUGAAUCCCGCCAGCCAGGAGCUGCAGUGGAGCGAAGAUGUGUUGGCCCAGCGAUGGCCAGACAUCGAUGCCGCGUACAAUCUGGAUCUUAGCAUCAAAGUAAAUGGAUUCGAGAACUGCGUGAUCAAAGUGCAGCGCACGCACUUGGAUAAGGUGACGCACAGCGAUGCCUUGGACAUUGCCUUCAACACGGAAUCGGUGACUUCAUACUUAAUUGACAAGAAAAUACGGACCACUAACUUUGUGCUCUAUCCGGGCAUCGAGGCCAUCCUAAAUAUCUAUGUGGACAAGGCACAAAAGGCUCAGAAACCGGCGACCAGCGAUGAUGCGGAGGCUCAGCCUCGGGCGUAGAAUAUUUACUUAAGAUUGGGUUGACUUUGAAGGAGAGAUUACGAAGGAGAAAUGCAUUUCCUGCAGGGUUCGAAAAAUAACACACACUGUAAAAAACUUGAG